GAGGACAAAGACAUGCGUCUCACCUCCCUGACUGCCGAAAAUCAUCAUCUGAAAGAAGAACUGGAGCGCCUGAGACAACAGAGUCUCCCUGUCCCUGUGGUUGACCCUAAAAUCCUCGAACUGGAGUGUGAAGUCUUCCAACUCAAUGAGUUAAAAGAUGACCUCGAGGAGGAAAUAAAGGAACAACAGAAGAUCAUUCACAACCAGCAGCAGAGGAAGAUAGGACUGCUUCAGUCUCUGCAGGAGCAGAAACAGAAAGUGGACCNCUUCACCCAGCAGGAGCAGCUGCAUAUUGAACGCGCUCAGCUCCUUUCAGCCAAAGACCAGGAGAUUCAGAAUUUGCAAGACACCAUAGACCAAAUGAAAGCCCAGCUGCCUGACAAAAGCCAGCACAUUCCAGAAGAGCACGGUGACAACAUUCAAGUCACAAGCAGUCAGUCUCUUCCUAGAGAGAACGGAAGUGAGAAGCUUGAUCCAUCUAAAGCCGAAACUCAAAGAUCAGUCCAAGGAAUUAAGGAGCAAGAACUGGAGAUGAAGCUUCUAACUGAACAGAACAUCCGAUUGACCGAACAGCUCGAUCGGCUGUCCAAAGAGGAGAUUGGUAAACUAACUCAGAUUAUCCAGCAGAAGGAUUUGGAGAUUGAGGGUCUUUCUAGUAGAAUCUCUGCAGCUUCUCAGCACCAGCACGGGGAUGUGGAGCGACUUUAGCAGCAACUGCAAGAGAGUGCUUCGAAAAGCGACCAAGUGUUGGCUGACUUAAAUGAGAAAACGAGGGAGAAUAGCCAUCUGACAAGGGAGUAUCACAAAAUGACAGAGAGACUUGCUGCCAAAGAAGCAGAGCUCCAGAGGAUGCAAGAGGAAAAUUGGAAACUGUCCACGAGAAUUGAACAUAGUGGUCAGGAGAUGUUUAGAGAAACGAUUCAGAAUUUAUCACACAUUAUUCGAGAAAAAGAGCUCGAAGUGGAUGCGUUAAGUCAGAAAUGUCAGACUUUAUUGACCAUCCUGCAGACCUCCAGCACUGGUGAUGAGGUUCGCGGCGUUCGUAUCGAUCAGUUCAAGGAGCUUCUGCGGGAACGGGACACGUUCAAACAGCGAGUGAAGAUCGUGGAAGAGUGGAAAGAGCAGGGGAUGACCACGGUCCAAAACAUGAAGCGGGAGUCACCCCAGCUUCAGAGAGAUCUUCGCCAGCUGCAGGCUUGUACUUUCACUGGCAGCGAGAAGGAUUCCAAACUGCAGGCGACCUCUAUGGACCUGAUGCAGACUUACGGAG